UGGCUGGCAAUGGUCGACCAAAUAGCAAAGUCAACUUCAAAAGUGUUGGCUUGAAGACUGCUGUUGAACUACUACGGCUCCACCUCCACCUUCAAUUACAUAAUUACCAUAUUCCUUGACAACAUAAGACUAUCUCUUGGAGUCUUGGUUUAGAUUUGAACUCUGGUGCAAUUGGGAAUUCCUUAUCAAGACCUGGGGUAGGAUACUAUGCUAACCCCUAAAGGUGUAGUGAUUUUUGACACCCCCUUUAUGAUUGGCCAAUUUUAUUUCCAAUCAUUGGCAAGUAUUAAUUAAACUGGUUUUUUAAUUUUUUUUAAUCUUGUAAUUUGGGGUCUCUCACCACAUUGGAAAAGAGAAAGAAUCUGGGGAAAAACGAAAUCACCCCCAUUAAUUACAUAAUUAAUUACACGUACCACUCCACUGGUACACGUACCACUCCACUGGUACACGUACCACUGGAGACGAGCCGAUGCUGUCUGCGGCGGAUCACGGCGAGUUCUCGUGGUUUGGGGAGAUGGAGACGUCGUCGUCAGCGAUUCUGGAUAGCCCGAUAUUCUCGGGGAGGGGAGGACAGCUGGCGGAUGACGUGGGCGGGGAUUUGUUUCUGCCGAUGAGGGAGGAGGACGAGUCGUUGUUCGCCGAUCUGGGGGAGUUGCCGGAGUGCACGGCGGUGUUCAGGCACCACCGUGGAUUGGGGAUGGAGGUCCAGAUCUGCUGAUCGUAAUCACUGACGUGGUGACGGCCACUUUUUUUUUUUUUUAAUUUUCAAUUUUUAUUUUGUUUGAUUGGAUCGUCGUCAUCAAUCGCGAGGGGAAGGUGGGGAGGGAGGAUUAUUAAAAAAAUAUUCAAAGGUGUGCGUAUCGUGCGCCAUAAGAAAAGAGAAAAAAAAAGCUUAAAAUAUAAUAAUAUAAAAAUAGUAUUUUUCUUUUGAGGGACGGGCGUACAAUUAUUAAUUAUCAUUUUUUCGUAUUUUUGUAAUUUCGUAUUCUCUUCUUUUUUUUCUUUUUUCGUUUUUAUUUGAGCAAUUUUCAUAUUUUGCCUUGAUUUCAGUGUAGUUGUAGUAGAGAACUGAAUAAAAACGACGGAAGAAAAGAAAAGAGCCCACUUAUCCGAUGUGUCAUGAUCGUUUUUGUAAUUAACCAUCCUUCAACUUGGUUGCCGUCUCCAUCGGAUUAUGUAUUGCCCUUCACUUUUAUACCGGUGUAAAUACUUGACUUGUAGACAGCUCAAUUAUUGGGGAUUGUCAUGCUAAUGUUUUGUGUUUUUCUCUUGUUUUUCGGUUGUGUUAAUCGAACUUUCUACAUAUCAAUUUUAUGCGUAGUAGUACGAAAAAUGUCAAUAACAUGAUUCGCAUAUUUUGUGGGGUGUGUGGAUACCCGCCGGUCUACUUUGGCCUGGUGUGUUUAGUAUGUUAAUGCUUUCAUAUCUUGGUGUGUCCAAUUUAUGAGACGAACUGCAGUAGCGACAGCCUCAGGCCAAAAACGACCAGGAACUCGAGAUGCAAGAAGAAGAGCUCGAGUAAGUUCUACACAUGACGGUGUUUGCGUUCGACGAGACCAUUUUGUCGAGACACACCAGGACAAGACAUUUGACUUAAAAUACCAAGAGACCGAUAUACAUCAUGAAAAGGAAAGGAACUAAAUUCACCAACAAGAUCAGAAUGGAUGAUUUUAACUGUUUGACCAAAUUGAGUCUGGAUCAUUUGAAGGAAUUCACUAGCAACAGCAUGAAGAUCAUACUUCAAUCGCAGGAAAUAAAUCUAGGUAAAUCGUGUGGCAUGCAUGAAAUCAAGGUUCAAGAAGGCGCUAGGCGUAAGGCGAGCGUUGAGGCUUUGUCUAGAGCCUAGCUCGCCUAGGCGUAGACUAAGCGUGCCUAGGCGUUGGAAGAAAAAUAACUAUUCGCACUACAUGAUGAAUGAAAUAGUAAUCUAUAACACUUCCUCACUUCAGUUAAGAUAUUUAAUAACUUACUUAACACUUAAUGACAAAGAGCAUAAUCAUGAAUUCAUGGAAUCAUAUAUAGCUCAAUUGCUCAUAAAGUUCUUGAGCUAUUGAUAAUAUUAAUAUAGAAAAUUGAUUUCG